AUGUCAAAGGUGCCUCUAGCAACCCUUCUGGAAUCAAAUUCUAGGUCUUCAACCAACUCUCCUAUAAUCUUUCAGCUAUGUGGUGAGUGUUUGGUCUUUUGUGCUCGCGAGAUCGGUGCACUCAACUUUGAAUUUGAACGUCUGGCCUAUGCCAAGAAAAGCAGGAUUGGAUCUGGCUCUGCAACGCAUUUGCAAUGCUGGAUCUCAGGGAGGGCUGGGACCCUAAGGGAGACUACGGAGCCGAGCAUGGAUAUGAGAUACAUAUGGACAAAGGUCGUUAGCGGUGUUGAAGAGAGUACUUAUCAAGGAAAACACAAUUCUCUGAGACAGAUAGGAGAUUGA